AGGGUGGAUGAUGUUAUUCUGCGGACCUAUUGAACCAGUGGCCACUAACAAUGCUUCUAAUCAGGGACAAGAACUAAUAUAACAUUUCAAAUGGACAACAAGGUCAUAUAUUAGACCACCAGAGACGCGUAAAUUCUUGGCACCGUGCGCAAAAAGGUGGAAUUGUUUGGAUAAUAUAUUACAGGACUAUUUUCAGUGAUUUCAUUUCUUGAGACCGGGCUUAUAGAAGCAAUUUCGUGAACUGAUACUUGAAUCUGCAACAUAAACUAGAUGUAGGCUACAGUGUUACGCCGCCGCUCCCUGAUUCAGCACCGAGUGAUGGAUAGCUCUCCGACUCAGUGCGCGGAAACAGGAACAGCACUCGCUCUCAUCCACUGCGAACAGGGCUGAAAGUGAGCAGGGAGACACAUCUAUCGAUGCUCAGCUUUAGGGGAAAGAUAGUAAAGCCACUCAGUCAGGCUAUCGUCACACUCUCUCCCCGCCCACAGAUAUAAAAACAGCUUUUGUGACAGUAGAGGUGAAGUUUUUCCUGACAUGCCUCCCAGCUGCGAAGAUGACAGAUUUUGCUCACUCAUCACGGUUUCAAGAUAACGUUUUGACAGCGGGCGGAAACACCUCCGUGCUCCUCGGGGAAGUUGGACUCCUCUUUACCGCCAGAGUACAAAAUGGGAUACAACCACCUGUUCUCUUUGGGGACGACUGUUGUGUGGUCGCUGCUCCUCUCUCAGUCAGUUCUCUGUCAAGACAAAACGCACUCGCAUGCUGAGGAUGUGCUCUUCAAGAAGCUGUUUGCUGGUUACAACAAGUGGUCGAGACCCGUGCCAAACAUCUCUGAUGUGGUGAUCGUCAAGUUUGGACUGUCCAUAGCACAGCUCAUUGACGUGGAUGAGAAGAACCAAAUGAUGACAACCAAUGUGUGGCUUAAACAGGAGUGGAAUGACUACAAGCUUCGCUGGAGACCGUCUGACUAUGACAAUGUGACGUCCAUAAGAGUGCCAUCAGAGCUCAUAUGGGUGCCAGACAUCGUCCUCUAUAACAAUGCCGACGGUGAGUUUGCUGUGACUCACAUGACAAAAGCUCACCUAUUCCACACGGGUAAAAUACGCUGGGUCCCACCCGCCAUUUACAAGAGCUCCUGCAGCAUUGACGUCACCUUCUUCCCCUUCGAUCAACAGAACUGUAAGAUGAAGUUCGGCUCUUGGACCUAUGACAAGGCCAAGAUUGACCUGGAGCGAAUUGAGAACACUGUGGAUCUCAACAACUACUGGGAGAGCGGUGAAUGGGCCAUCAUCAACGCUGUGGGAACGUAUAAUACAAAGAAAUAUGACUGCUGCCAUGAGAUCUACCCGGACAUCACCUACUUCUUCAUCAUCCGAAGGCUUCCCUUAUUUUACACCAUCAACCUCAUCAUCCCCUGUCUGCUGAUCUCCUGCCUCACUGUAUUGGUUUUCUAUCUGCCCUCAGACUGCGGUGAGAAGAUCACCUUGUGCAUCUCAGUGCUGCUGUCCCUCACUGUCUUCCUUCUCCUCAUCACAGAGAUCAUUCCAUCCACAUCUCUCGUCAUCCCCCUCAUCGGCGAGUACCUCCUCUUCACCAUGAUUUUCGUCACCCUAUCCAUCGUCAUCACCGUCUUCGUGCUCAACGUGCACCAUCGCUCCCCCAGCACUCACAAGAUGCCCCGCUGGGUCCACUCUGUGUUCCUGGACCUGAUCCCGCGUUGGCUGUUCAUGCGACGGCCCGCGCCAGAUGGCCGGCGUCGCAGGCUGCUGCUGCUCCAGCAGGAGGCGGCAGCGGAGCGGCGGCAGGGCCGGAUAAGCGGGUACAAAUCCAGCAACUGCCUCAGCACCUCGGCUAACUGGCUGAGAGACGGGACCACAUUGGAGGACCCUGAGAGGAGCUGUUAUGAGGAUUUAGAGCUGGGAACGCUGACGUCUUAUUUCUCCUUCCGUCCCCCUUCGCCCAGACCUCCAGGGUCGACUCCUCCGCCACAACAGAAAACCCCACAGAACAGCCAGAACCGACAGGAAGCAGCCAGAGGGACGAACAGACAGAUAACUGGGACCAGAGACAAUCCCUCUCAGCGGCCAACUAAAGUUGAUAAUACAGUAUCAGACUCAACAUUCCUGCUUUCACCAAGUGUUAUACGCGCAUUAGAAGGGGUGCACUAUAUUGCAGACCACCUGAGGGCUGAGGAUGCUGACUUCAGUGUGAAAGAGGACUGGAAGUAUGUUGCCAUGGUGAUUGACCGCAUCUUCUUGUGGAUGUUCAUUAUUGUGUGCCUGCUUGGGACCAUUGGCCUCUUCCUGCCCCCUUGGCUAGCUGGCAUGAUCUAAUGCUUGAGAGGAAGUGUUGAAUAUAAAAAAAAAAAAAAAAAAAAAAUCCGCAACCACCCUUCACUUGAGUGAUGUUUGACACUUAAAAUGUAGCUGAACUCUACUCCAACACUGGGAACGUGCCAGAAGUUUGUGCAAGACCCUGGAGCCCAGUCUGUGACCUCAAGAGCCAACACUCUUUACACACCACUAAACCAAAACUAUGAAAACUGAAAAAGCAGCUGUACUGUUUUUAGAUCCUUCUCACUCGAAUUGGUUUUAUGGUCUCUACAGUGGCAAUUUUAGGAUAUCUCAGACUCAGCUUGUCAGGCUCAGCUAUCCAGAUUUGGCUCAGCUUUCAUUGAUCUGUGCUGCUGCUGCACUUUGUCAGCCUCAGGUGUACUCCUCCCUCAGCCUCACCUGUGAAGUUACCUAGGCUGUGUUUGAACUGCAUGCUAACAUUAGCAUGUGAACUGGCAAGCUAAUGUUUAGCACAAAACAUGUAGCAUGUUAGCGUACUAAUGUUAGUUAUCAUGCCAAUAUUUAGUACGCCAUCCCUUAGCAUGUUAGUUAGCGUAACAUGCUAGCUAAACAGCGUAGUUACAGCGUCAGAGUUGAGUGAGGUGUUACUUUAAUGUGAUUGCUUUUUGUGGUAGUUUGAUGGAUUACAAAUUAAAAGACAGUAGCCUAAUAACAUUUGCCAGUAAAGCUGGUAUCACUAACGGUCUCUUACCCGGAGACAGAUGCUCGACACCAGGUUUUCGUCUCCGUGCCUUCAGUGCGCAGCGACUGGUCCAGGUGUAGCUAACCUGUUGCUGUUGUGUGUCAGACUGCAGAAGGUGAUAACAUCCGGCGAAGAGAAUAAAUAUGCCUCUCGGUAACCCAAAAUUUGUCAUGUUUUUUACCCUUCUUAGCUGCUCUGGUAUAUUCAGGAAUCUCCUGGGUUUUGUUUAGAGAGUGAGUAUGAAAGGUCUUUGAACAUGGGUCUCCCAGGUCUGAGGUCACUGGGGUUAACUAGCUGUCAAUGAAGAGAAGCUAAAAUAAUCCUGUGUCUGGGCUGGCUGCUUCACAAACUGUGUGAGUGUGCCUGCAAGCUGAGCUGAGUAACGCUAAGAACUGUAACUAAUUGCUCCUACUGUUAAGUUACAAGUAAAGCAAUGGAUUGCUUUUUGAAUGACCAGUAAGAAAUACCAGCAACUUCCACAACACUGGCCUGCAGCAGUAAAGGUGUCCUGCCUGGAGCUGAGAUGACAAGUGGAAAUAUAGAUCUGCAUGUGAUGGUUGAUGAGCUGCUGGAGCAGCAGUGACAGACUGCUUCCACAUGUAUCAAAGUAAUACAGCAGAAUUAUGAGCAUUGAGAUGUUUGUUUUAUGACAUAUUGAAAAGAAUUACACCAAACUGGGACUUUCCUAGUUUCUCAGCUCCCUUUGGUUUUGGCGAUUUGACAAACAGUGGCAUGCUGUUCUUACAGAUCUUUACUAACUAGGGUCACUUGUUCUGGUUUAGGAAAAAAAAAUGCAUUUUAUGAACUUUUCUUUUCUGGCAAUGUUGCCAAAAUUAAACUUAUUUUUAAAUGAUCACAUACUAUGUAAUAAAUACAAUGAUGAAA